AUUGACAGCAGUCAUCUGAGUUCAAGUCUCAACAACAACAUUUUGAAACUUUUUUUUUCAACACCCAAUAUUACAAUGCAGUGACACGCAUACUUCUCACAAUUCUCCUCUCCAUUUCUCUGAUUUAAAACCUUCAUCCACUGUGCCGCCAGCCUCCAGCUCUUCCGGACACCGCACAGCCUCCAGCCGGAAGCCACCGCCCAGUAGCUCUUUCUGCACUGCCGCAGACGCCGGCCGACAGCCACCAAACCCACAUCCAAACCUUCAUUCCUAAAUACCAAAAUAGAACUGCCUCCUUGUCUCCAUCGAACCCGGUCAUGGCCUCAUCGGGCACCUCAAAACUUCUCCCAACCUGUGCAGCCUCUCCUUAUUAGGUCAUCAUUCUACUGAUUUGUCCCCUGCUUCCCUGUGGUACAGCCAUAGUACAAUCCCUCAACGUUUCAAUUAGCCCACAUCCAAACCUUCAUUCCUAAAUACCAAAAUAGAACUGCCUCCUUGUCUCCAUCGAACCCGGUCAUGGCCUCAUCGGGCACCUCAAAACUUCUCCCAACCUGUGCAGCCUCUCCUUAUUAGGUCAUCAUUCUACUGAUUUGUCCCCUGCUUCCCUGUGGUACAGCCAUAGUACAAUCCCUCAACGUUUCAAUUAGUCGCGAAAUCGACAAAGGGUAAGACGAAAAAAGCAACUACAAAUUGCGUGAAAUUGUUGGAAUUCCUAGCUUGGUGAGCAUACUAAUAAAUGGCCGCCAACACCACAAGCUCCAUUUCAGUAUCGUCUUCAUCCUCCUCAUUGUUCCCGAGUUCUCGAAGUUAUCUGCCCACUUUGGUUCAAUCCCAGAAUCGUUUGUUUUUAAGAAACAAUUUAGCCUUGAACAAAUCGAUUAAAGGAAGUUCGACUUUCCGGAUCAUGGCUGUUUCAUUGGCCCCAAAAAUUCAGGAGAAAGCUUCACUCUCCUCCUUCCUUGAUCAGAAGGAGAACGGAUUUCUUCAUUUUGUCAAGUACCAUGGACUCGGAAAUGACUUUAUUUUGGUUGACAAUAGGGACUCAAUAGAGCCCAAAGUAACUCCUGAGCAAGCAGUGAAGCUAUGUGAUCGGAAUUUUGGUGUGGGUGCUGAUGGGGUGAUCUUUGCAAUGCCUGGAACUAAUGGUACUGAUUAUACUAUGAGAAUUUUUAAUUCUGAUGGAAGCGAGCCAGAGAUGUGUGGUAAUGGAGUGAGAUGCUUUGCUAGAUUCAUUGCUGAGCUUGAGAACUUACAAGGAAGGCAUAGUUUUACUGUCCAUACUGGUGCUGGUUUAAUUGUCCCUGAAAUUCAAGAUGAUGGACAGGUUAAAGUUGAUAUGGGUGAACCAAUACUUACAGCAGCUGAUGUACCCACAAAACUACCUGCAAACAAGGAUUAUGCUGUAGUUAAAUCAGAUCUAGUGGUUGAUGGAGAAACCUGGAUUGUCACUUGUGUGAGCAUGGGAAAUCCUCAUUGUGUUACUUUUGGAAGGAAAGGAGACCAGAAUUUGGUGGUUGAUCAAAUAAACUUGGCUGAUGUUGGUCCAAAAUUUGAGCACCAUGACGUUUUUCCAGCACGAACCAACACGGAAUUUGUUCAAGUUUUCUCUCGAUCACACCUUAAGAUGCGUGUUUGGGAACGAGGAGCAGGGGCUACUUUAGCCUGUGGAACCGGAGCUUGUGCAGUUGUGGUUGCUGCAGUGCUAGAAGGCCGAGCUGAGAGGAACUGCACGGUUGAUCUUCCUGGAGGACCAUUGGACAUUGAAUGGAGGGAGGAAGACAACCAUAUCUAUAUGACAGGCCCAGCCGAAGUUGCAUUUUAUGGAUCUGCCCCACUCUAAUUUCUUCUGAAGGAAAUUUAGCUUCAGUCUAUCAUUUUAUUGGCGCUUAUAUUUUUUUUUGAAAGAAAUCUAAUAAUUUAUUGAUAAAAAUGUCAUACGAUAUUUAAAAUAGAGUAACAAUCGAUCGAAAUAUUGGCGCUUGUAUUUAUUGUUGACAAGAUUACUGAAAUACUGGUCUGAAGGCAUUGGAUUAUAGACUCAGUUUUGUUUCACUUUGAUAAUAUCUUUGUAGUUA